AUGGAAUACACGGCGCAUCUUAACGAGCAUUCAGUACCAAAAUCUUUUCCUCCAUCAGUUGUACUUAAUAAAUCCGGAACGAUUGCAGUUCUUGUUUCCCGCUUGACCGAAGUAAUUUGGGCGUACGUGGAUGAGACAUUCGAGGCACCUCAAAUCAGCUGUUUGAACACACCGGUGAGCCGUACGAAGCAGAUCAACACGUUGUUCAUCUUCGCCAUUGCCUGUCAUAUCGUUGCAAUCCUUGCCAUAGUGAUCGCCUUCUUAUUUCAUCGACAGCGAACAAGGAUGCCAGAAACCCUCUCAAGUCGAUUUCAAUUCUCGGAAAACAUGACAUCGUCGCGAUUACUGAUAGCGCUUUCCACUAUACAACUGGUGAUAUUUCUAACGUAUGCGAUAGCGAUGAUGUAUUUGAGGAUGUCAUUCGACCCGGUCAAAGGAUCUGUCGCUAUGCAAAAGUCAAAUAUAAUGAGCGCUUAUUUGGUUCCUUUUUACACACUACUGUUACCAGCGAUAACUAUGUUCUUCCUCGUGCGAAUGAAACGGACACGACGAUCUGAUAUUCAAUCGAUGGUCCAAGUGAAAGCGUCAGGCAAUGAAGGAUGGGCGAACUACUCCUCACAACUGCAACAACAGUGGAGUUGA